GUGCUGUCUGUCUCCCUGAACUGGGUUUCUAUGUAGGCGGUGCAUUCCUUGGGAGGGAGGGUGCAUGUGUGUGUAGGGGGGGAGAGCCAUCCCACACUCAAGUGAGCUCUUAUUUAAUGGGGGUCUCCAUGCAGGACAGCAAGCAGAAGAGAUUUUCCUCCUCCCAGAUUCUAUUCAGAGGGAGAGGGCACAAGCCAGUCACAGGCAUGCAAUACAUUGCUGAAAUAUCCCUGGAGGAAGCAGUUCAUAUGACCAAUCAAGAAUCCGGAAUGGGUGUCAGGGAGGAUCUGAAGAAAAUACGCUGUGCUGUGGUUUUUUGCUUGCUGUCUGUUCUCGUCCUGGCAUUGCCCACAGCCUAUCUGCUGGUUGGAAAUCUCAGAGCCCAUAAAUCUGGCCCAGCUCAGGUUGCAGAUGAAAGCAUGUCUAGAUUCCUAAAGCAACAGUCAUCACCUAUCUCUUUAGUAUCCAGUGCAGAAAAGCCAAGAGCACACCUGACAGUUAAGAAACAAGAUCUUUCUCCCCCCCCGGGAAACCAGUUUCCAGUUCUCCAGUGGGAACACGAGCGAGGCUUAGCCUUCACCAAGAACAACAUGAACUACACCAACAAGUCACUGAUGAUUCCAAAGGCCGGGGAUUACUACGUCUACUCCCAGGUCACUUUCCGAGGACCCACUCCAAAUCACAGUAAACCAGUUUCCAUAACACAGACCAUCACCAAAGUCACGGACAGCUACCCUGAGCCUACCCAACUACUGACUGCCACCAAGACUCUGUGUGAGAUGGGAAACAACUGGUUCCAGCCUAUUUACUUAGGGGCAGUGCUUUUCAUGGAGGAGGGGGACAGGCUGAUGGUCAACGUUAGUGAAAUCCAGUGGGUGGAUUACACUAAAGAAGACAAAACAUUCUUUGGUGCUUUUUUACUGUAGGCUUCUGACAGCAGCCAAUAGGGGCUGCUCCUAAUUAGGGUCCUGAAUCAAAUGUAUCACUAAAGUCACACAGGAGUUUUGCUAAUGAUUUUAGUGAGUGCAGGAUCAGACUGUCCUAGUGCCAAGCAUCUGUGCUCUCAAAAGCAGUUUCCUUACCUGUAUUCUCCUUCACCUGCGUGGCUGUGGUGCCCAUCAUUAUCCUUGGGGGAAGGAAAGUUGAAUUAAACGACACAUCACCAAAUAGAUCACACCACACCAAACCUCAGAAAAACAUAGGGAGGAAGAGGAGAGAAAAAUACAUUUCCAUGCUAAAGCUAGGAGCCUCUUGGAUACCUACAAUUGGGGCAUAGAUAGUUUAUAGGUGACGGGGAACAAUAAGCUCAAACAAAUCAACUAAGCCUAUAUUCCACCUCUAAUAAACAACCCCCCUUUUUGCCUUAAACAUCCACUUUAAACUGUCCCAAUGUUUCCAACGUAAUUUUGUUUGACCUUUCUUCAGAUCGCCCCUUUCAACAGGCAGUUACUUCUUGGCACUCUCUUAAAAAUAGAUUUGCUCAGUACUUUGUACUAAUAUAGAAAUGUAAAUCUACAAGGCACUAUGUAAAUCAUUAACUGUUUCAUUAAUCCCUAACAACUGCCCUGGGAAGUAGAUUAAAAUGAUUUCUUGCAGUUUGCAAAACAAACCAACAAACAAAAACGUUACUGAUAUUUUUUUCUCCCAAGAAAGUUUGCAGGAAAUUGUGGGCUAUGUUGUUCUGGAUCCAUUUGCUGCCCAGAAAUGGCUCUUUUUAUACCAUUUCUAAUGGGUUGUCCAUUUUUACACUGGAGCACGCAAAAUGUUAAUGUUUCAGUGUAAAAAUUCAUCUCACUAUGAAAAAAGUCCUAAUAUUAGAACAGGGUGAAAAACUGGGUCAGGAGGAGAAAUCUUGGGGAGAGGGGAGGAGAUGAGCUUUUUGUUGAAAUUUUGAGCAAAAAUUUCAGAAAAUUUUCAAAUUUUGAAAACUUUCAACCUGCUGUACAGCAGGUAAGUGUAGUCACUCAGAUUAGGGACCAUUUUGAAAAUGUGUUAUGUUCCCUCAAAAGUGAUGGUUUGGUUUGGUUUUGUAGCUUUUUGAGGAAAAGAAACCACAUUUCAGAAAUUUCCAUAAAUUGAAAACAAAAUGCCUCCCCCCAUUCCAAGAUGGCCAAUGCUCACUCCUGCAGUGAUUUCCUGAAAGGAAAGGCUGCUGUAAGUUUUUCUAGGCACUAGGCUGGCUAGCACCUAGUGGUUCCUCUACCCAGAGAGCAGGACCGAUAUCAAGGCGACAGUGGGAGUAGGAGGUGUAGCCAGGAGCAGAACUCGGGAACUUUCCAUUGCUAGUCUCUUGCUCAGUUUUCUAGGUCAUACUGUCUCUCAGGGGAAUUCCCUGGCUUUCCCACCACUCCCGUGGUAAACAAUUCACUGAUGACUAUUCAAGUCAUGUUCUAAGCGACUCAAGCUUUAUAUUCUUAAGUGCCCCGAGGCCCCAAGCUCAGUCAUGUAAAGAACCCAAAGAAUUAAUUUUGCAGCUAGACACACACUCUCUCUCUCACUGGAACUUCCUCCACUUUCAACACGUCUUUCCAUGUGAUCAGUGAAAGUGAGACUGUGUUAUAUACGUACUCAGAGUGCUUUGCUGGAUUCCAUAUUGCUAAAUGUAGCUGAGAUAUAGUUUCCUUCCAAUGCAAGUGCGUGCCUCUCAUAAACCAACAAUGGGAAUCACACACAUUAGAGAACUCUAGAGAUCCUGACAAGGUUUAGUUGAUGAGUUCAAAUUUAAGGUCCUUAUAUAGACACACACACACACAAUAUAUAUAAUGCAGUUAGACUGGCAAGGAAACCAGUCCAUUCUCUCCAUUGCAUUCCUCCUCCUGGCAGGAGAUAGCUUAUUGUUGCAUUGACGUAUCUGACAAAAUUAAUAGAAUAUAGGCUCUACGAGAGCACGGUGUAGGGGAGGAAGAGAAAAGAGCCAAAGCAAGUUGACACAAGCGGGUGUCGGGGAGAUGGGGAGAGAGAGACACAUGGAAGGAGACAAAAUGAUGCAACAGUAUCACGGUUCCUGAGCAUUGCCUCCAUGCCUCUGUACAAGCACAUUAGUGCUGGAAAACUGGCUUUGCUUCAGGUUAGUUGCAAAGGUUCUCGGUCUUUUUCUCACUGCAAACCCCUUUGUAAGAGAAGAACCCUCCCCUGGCCCUCUUCUCCAUCCUUCCCAUCCCCCUAUCACCUGGCUCUCUUGAUAUCUAUCUUAGAAGGCAUCUAUCACCAUGAUACUGAUGCAUCCAGAAACAAUUAAGAAGCACUGAACAUGCCCCAUGAGUGCUUGGAUAUUGGCAUGCUCCCAGCUUCCAAGUUUUUUUAAAAAACUGGCCUUUUCUCUUUUUGCCUCCUGCUUUUCUCCUCCUAGUUGCCUCAUUGUGAGUUAAGCCCAGGGAAGGUACCACUAUUAAGCUAAGAUGCUCUCAUCACAGUGCACCUGUCCAGGACAGGUAAUUUUCAGCCGCCUGAUAUUAGCACUUCUGUGAAGUGUGUCCAUGAAGGCAAAAUUCAAGCAGUGAAAGAAAUCCACAGAGCUCUUUGUUUCUAGAAUGGGGUGCUGUGGCAUUAUUCUUUCAUCAUGAUGCAAUCCCAAUAGAUUUCUACACCUGAUUGAAAUAUAUAUAAAAAUCAAGUAAUCAAUUCUUAAUGCUUGGUGCACUAAAUCAUGGUAAAAUGAGUUUAAGGGAAAGGAGUGAAACGUUCAGUACAUGGUGUAUAAGAAAAGACGAUUGGAGAUAUUUAUAUAUAGAUAAAUAGAUAUAAAUAUAUUCUGUUCAUGUUCUAGGAAAUCCUAGAACAAUAAUAAGUCUUUCCUCACAUGAGCCGCAUACAAUUUCUUUCCAGUGUAUAUUUAUCAUACAUUUCACAGCCCAAAAUAUUACCGGCCGCAGUCCCAGAUUAGCUGUCAGUACUCCUCACCCUGUUCUCCACAAAACAAACCCAUAUUUAUUUUCCAGGAGUCUGUAUUUAUAGUCCACUUAGUGUAGGCUUUCAUAUGCAACUCUUCUUCGUGCUACCACGUUUAUGUACGUAAGUGAUUUUUCUUGCGUCACUUGUUUUAAAGUGGCGGUGGCAUAUUAACCCUGCACAUAAUCUCCAGUGGAAACUUUCUCUGUUAUUUGUGCUUCUGUAAUAAUGAUGGUGACCAGUAUGUAUAAAAAGAAACUGAUUCUGAUCUCACUUCCACUGGUGUAUAUCAGGAGUAUCUCCACUGAGAGGAUAAGCAGACCCAGGCAGUUAAGAAUGGUUGCAAAAAGCAUGUAAAUAGUACAAUGGGAAACAAAUGUUUUAAAAGUUGAUUGAAACUUUGAGACGCUGUCAAGUAGCUUGAGCUGAAACUUUGGAUUUUGCAAAAGUUUUUUUUUUGUUUGUUUUACAAAACUGAAUAUGAACAAUAAUGUUCUUCUAAAAGAUUUUCUGAUUCGAUUCAAUGGAAAUAUUUGUUUCUAAUUUAAAUCAUCCCCUCACAGAUUUGGAAACCCACAGACAUCAGAAUUGUUCUAAUGGACAAGCAACAGAGAAUGAAACUGACUAUCCCCCCCAGUCCUGCACACACUAAGGUGUGCAUAACUAUAACUACAUGAGUCUUUCCAUUAAAGUUAAUGGGCUCCUCACAUGCCUAAGGCUAGGCAUGUGCCUAAGUGUUUGAAGGACUGGGGCCAACAGGCAGAAAAUGAAAUUGAACAGCCCAGUGAGUGAAAUGCAUAAAGGAAACAACCGCCACAAAGAGUGAAAAAAAGAAAUUAUGUUUUUUUCAAAUGAUUUAGACCAUGAUCCCCUAAGGCAAUUCUCUUGGGCAGACCCCUGACUGCAAAAGGAGUCUCCAUGGCCAUAAGGAAGUGCCUGCAGAGAUCAGAUGAAAGGAUCAAAGCAUUAAAUCACAAUUAGGUGUUAUUAGAAACAUAGAUUACAACAAUUUUUGAAAGAAAUCUGAUUUUUCACCUUGACAGUGUCUCUCUCCAACCCACAAUGUGCUUUGUUUAAUUAACAUCCUGGCUGGCCCAUCAUUCCCAAAGAGAACUAAGGAGAAAUGUCAUUCUUUAAAAGAAUCAGAUUGAAUGUCACAAAUAUUUGCCCGAUGUGGGUGUUAGAGACUGGUAUAGCAUUUUGCUAUAGUAAUAUAUUUUCAUAUAAAUAACUGUAUUAUCUUAUAGUACAAGCUGUUUCCUUCAAGGUAGAGUAGACUUGGCUUACUGUUUCCAAAGUUUUAUAAUAAAAAUAUAAAUGAACUAUA